AUGAGUUUUGUUGAGACUUACAUUAGGUUGGUUGGUAUGAAGAUAUCCAAGGCAUGUAAUGUUGUUAAACAACUUCCUGAUAACAAGAAAUUAUUUAUUAAUUUUCCUUUGUUAGACCAAUGUGAAAAUCCCUCCGUCUUUGCUUUAAACUCUCUAAUCAGAGUUUACUCCAAGAGCUCAACUCCUGAAAAAAGCUUCGAUUUCUAUAAAAGAAUUGUAAAAUCGAAUCAUAAACCUGAUAAUUACACGCUUACGUUCUUGAUCAAGUCUGCUGCACAGUUAGUGGAUAAGGAUUUGGGUUUGGCUGUACAUGGAACUGCUUUGAAAUACGCCUUGGAUCAAGACCCACAUGUUCAAAGCGGGUUGAUUAAUUUGUACGCUGAAAUGGGGUCUCUUAGGGACUUAAAAGAUUUGUUUUUCAACAUCCACAACCCAGAUUUGGUAACUCAGACAACAAGGGUGGUUGCCUGUGCAAAAUUAGGAGAUAUCAAAUUCGCACGCCAACAGUUUGAUAAAAUGCUCGACCGAGAUGUGAUUGCCUGGAACGCAAUGAUAGCUGGGUACGUGCGUUUCGGGGAGCCUUUAAACGGAAUCGAACUGUUUAACACAAUGGAAAUGAAAGGUUUGAAGGUUAAUGAUGCCACAAUGGUUUCCGUGUUAUCUACUUGUACUCAAUUAAGUGCUUUAGAUGCGGGACAACGGGCACAUAGAUAUAUAAAGUAUAAAAAACUACAAAUCAACACAACUCUUGGUAGUGCACUAGUCAAUAUGUACGCAAAGUGUGGGGAUAUUAUCACGACAAUAAAUGUUUUUGGGGGGAAGAAAGAAAAGAAUUAA